AUGACAGCCCUUCGCCAAGAGUGUAACCCAGCGGAGCAGAAUCUGGUGGAUUGCGUCAUCAAUCCGGACGAGAUUCGGUCGAGUUAUUCACAAGUAAUCAUCGACAACGAGCUCAAGGAAACAGUCUUGCAUCUAGUAUCCACAGCAUAUCUUGCGCCCUCGACACCUUCCACCUCGCUCCUCAGUCAGGCCCGUAUCAAGGGCAUACUACUCUACGGGCCUCCAGGAACAGGCAAGACGCAUCUAACGCGAUCAAUCGCCAAAGAGUCUGGAGCAUCCAUGCUUUGCGUUGACGGCGCCGCCUUAUUGUCCAAAUACGUCGGCGAGAUUGAGAAGAACAUCAAGGCAGCAUUCACCUUGGCCUCGAAACUGUAUCCCUGUGUCCUCUUCAUUGACGAAGUGGACUCUCUAUUCUACGAUCGCGGAAUGGCUAGGAGAAGUUGGGAGCGCGGCGCAGUGACUCAAUUUCUCACACAGAUGGAUGGGCUAGCACAGAACAACAAAGCGCCGUGUGUUAUUGUUGCUACGAAUCGCCCCGAUACACUAGACAAGGCUUUCUUGCGUCGACUACCGCAGAAGAUCCCGAUCGGUCUUCCUGAUACGAAAUCGCGCUCCAAGAUACUAGGGGUGCUUCUCGAGGGCGAAGAGCUGGAGCCUCUGGUCGAGAUUGACUCCUUGGCUCGGGAGACAGAGGGCUACUCGGGAUCUGACCUGCGCAGUCUGUGUGCAGAGGCAGCACUGAUCUGGGCCAUUGAGCAUACUGAGGAAGGCCAUGAGAAUGCCUCUUCGGGUGAAUCGGAUAAAAUGCGUCUUGGGCUCACCCACUUUGCCAAAGCCCUGCAGAGGAUUCGACCAAGUGUUUCGAAGAAGGAUCUGUUCGAGCUUGAGUCAUUCACAGAGAGAUUCAACCCGCACUCGGUCCAAUAA